UGUUAUUCGACACACGUGCCAAGGACGUCAAUAUUUUUUCUUGGUUGAAACCGGUCAAUCUAUCACUACUUCCGAUAGUGAUAGUGUCUUUCAAACUUUCGAUCGUGUAUUUCAAAUUGUUAAGACUACAGAAUACCUGAUAAAUUAUUUGAUGACAUGGCACUUCAGUCUGGUAGAAGAUUACUUGGUUUAAAGUUCGUAAGAAGAAUCAUAGCUCAAGAAAAUGAAAUCGCAAUGUUCAGUACGACUGGACCAACUAAUGCCAAAAGUUGUAAAGUUUUAGUUGUUGGUGGGGGGACAGGAGGGAUUUCUACAGCUGCUAGAUUCGUGAAGAAGGUUGGAAAAGGAAAUGUCAUCAUUAUAGAACCUACAGAUACACAUUAUUACCAAGCAAUGUGGACAUUAGUCGGCGGUGGUGCUAAAAAAUUUACAGAUACAUCUAAACCAAUGAAAUCAGUUAUACCUAGUGGCUGCAACUGGAUUCAAGAUAAAGCUGUUAAAUUUGAUCCAGAAAAUAAUACAGUGACAACUGAAGGAGGUGAAACGGUCAACUAUGAAUAUUUGAUAAUUGGCAUGGGACUCCAACUAAAUUUUGAAAAUGUCAAAGGUUUAGUUGAUGCUUUAAAAACUGAUCCAAAUGUUGUUUCUAACUAUUCACCAAACACUGUCAAUAAAACAUUUCCAGCUUUACAGAAUUUAAAAAAUGGUGAAGCUAUUUUUACCUUUCCUAGUACACCCAUUAAAUGUGCUGGCGCUCCCCAAAAAAUAAUGUACUUAGCUGAUGAUUAUCUUCGAAAGAAUGGUAGAAGAGAUAAUGUACAUAUCAAUUUUAAUACAGCACUGGGUGUUAUCUUUGGUGUGCCAAAAUAUGCUGAAAGGUUGAGAGAGUUAGUUUCUAAAAGGAAUAUAACUGUAAAUUAUACUCAUAAUCUGACAGCCAUAGAUGCUGAUAAGAAAGAGGCUGUGUUUGAAAUUUUAGGGAAUGAUAAAAAAGAAACCAAAAGCUUUAAGUAUGACUUUAUUCAUGUUACACCACCUAUGUCGGCUCCUGAUGUAUUACGUAAUUCAAAUAGACUAGUUGAUAGUACUGGGUUUUUAGAUGUUAAUAAAGAAACAUUACAACAUGUUAAAUACAAGAAUAUAUUUGGUAUUGGUGAUUGUACUAACAUACCUACAUCCAAGACUGCUGCUGCAAUUGCUGCUCAAAAUGGUGUAUUAUAUAAAAAUCUUUCAUUGGUUAUGGAAGGUGGCAAUGUCUCAUCAAAGUAUGAUGGAUACACUUCCUGUCCUUUAGUUACAUCUUAUGAGAGAUGUAUACUUGCUGAAUUUGGUUUUGAUGGGAAAGUGAUGGAAACUUUUCCUGUUGAUCAAGGAAAAGAAAGGAGGAGCAUGUUAUUGUUGAAGAAACAUGUAAUGCCAACCAUAUAUUGGGAGGCUAUGCUAAGGGGAUAUUGGAAUGGACCGGGUGUUUUCAGAAAAUUAAUGCACUUUGGAAAGUCCUAAAUACUUGAACAGAAAACAAGUGAAAUGAAAUGCUUUAAAAUAUUUAAUGUAAUCUACAUACAUAUAUAUUUGCCUUUUUGCAAAAUAUAAUUUUGUAUCUACAAAAAAUGUUAUAUUUGCUUAAAAAAGUUACAAUAAAUUUACUUAUGUUAAACAAACCC